AUGGCACCCAACUUGUUGUCCAAUUUUUCCAUAAGGAAGUUUGUCUUAUCAACCAGCCCGUCUUGGACCUCAAAUUUCAUUGUCAUGGUUUAUCAGUCUCAAACUGUAUCAUUUUGCAAACCAGGACACAGUGAACAUUGGAUAAAAGUAUGUCUGCACACACCAGGAACAUUAAAUGAUCUAACUUAUUACGAGGCACAACUUUAUGCCGUGAACUAUUAUGGUCAUGUUUUUAUUUGUGAUAUUGAAGAUCCCAAGCAAGCAGAAGUAAGGAUUGUUGCUCCACAAUUUCCAAAGGAAUAUUUGGGUCCUAUGAUGCAAAUUAAAGUAGCUUGUCUGGUGGAAUCAGCCGGGGACCUGUUGGUGGUUUUGUCUUUUUUCAACCCGAAGACAAAGUUCCAUUCAACUAUUGGCUGCAGAGUUUUCAAGGUCCCAUUUAGUGACGGCAAUUCAUGGUUGGACUCGGAGGUAAAGAAUCUGGGUAAUAGAUCCCUGUUCUUGUGCAUAAAUGCUUCUUCUUUCUCUGUUGUGGCCUCAGACUGUUCUGGAUGGAAGCCGAUUUGCAUUUACUUCAUGAAUAAUGAGCGUGUUCAUCUAAGAGUAGAUAUAGACAUGGGUAUCUUUAAUAUGGAUGAUGGACAAAUCGAGCGGCCCUUUGAUAAUUCCUUUAAUACCUGUUAUAAAGGAAGGAAUUAUGAAACAUCACAUUUGUGGAUUGAACCAAGUUUCUAA